AAAUAUCAGCAGCUCACCCCAGACGAUCUAAAGACAGUAACCGCCAUUGCUGAGCCCAACAAGGCCGGCCAACGGCACAAGUCCCCGUCGUGGAUAUGGAAUGUUAACGUCGGUGGCGACAUACGGAGCAAUGACGAGUUGGGAAUCAUUCACAGGGUACAGUGGUUCCAUGCCCGUUCAAAGGUCGACAGA